AUGGAACGAGAUAAGCCAUGUGUAAUGACGAGGCCACCUUUAGUUGAUAACUUAAAUCCUAAUCAUUUUCCUGGUGUUUCGCAAUUGACUCUCACCGCUCCGCCCACCGAUGAAUUUGGAAAUCCUAGAAUGAUUUCCGGUGGAAGUGUUAAUCCUAAUUCGGAUGAUCCUAACAGAAACAAUCCAUUAGACAGUAAUGAUUUAAAAAAUCAAAUGACUUUAAAAAAUGUAAAUAAUAAUAAUAAUAAUAUAAAUAGUAAUAACAGUAAUGCGAGUAGUAACAAUACCAACAACAAUAGCAACAACAGCAAUAGUAGUUGUAGUAACAAUAAUAGCAACAAUUGUAGUAAUAACAGUAGUGGUAAUAAUGGUAACAGUAAUAACAGUCCUAUGAAUAGACUUAUGGGAAGAAAUAUGAAUGGUCAAUCAAAUAGAAAUGUUCCUAUGGAUAAUCCCAUGGGCCAUAACGUGGUUAAUCCGCCCAAUAAUGUUUUAGAUGCUUCUGAAAAUAUGGAUUCUUUGCAAGAUCAAAAUUCUCAUAUGAUGCAGCAAUUUCAGGAAGAACAAAAGAAGAAGAAAGGUUCACGAACGGAUAGCCCAGUUUCUAGAGGGUGUAAUAAAAUGCAAGGUCCACCUCCUCCCUAUCAUCAGACCGCCAGAUCGGCAAGUGUACCUAUUGCCGUACCAAAUUCAAAUCCAGGCUCACCUAGUAACACUACCUCUAAUUUGUCAUUGCCAUCUCCAAGAACUUCAUCUGACUUAAAUUCUCCAUCUGACGUAAAUAAACACGUACCUACGUCAGGUAAUAGCUCUAAGUUAGGUACCUGCAGUCCUCCCAAUAAUCAAGGUUCACCUUCUUGUUCAAAACUUAUGCCCAAUAAUCCUGAUACUCCAGUAUCCGCUUCACAAUCACCUACUUCUAAUUCGAGAAAAGAUUCUUCACAAUCUGGAUUAGAUUUUCCAAGUAAAGUAUCGUCCUUGACUCAACAAAAGCAUCAAAAACAACAAAACGCUUCAGCUAAUAAAGAACCUAAUUUAAUGCCAGUGCCUUCUCCCCAACAAAUUCAUUACCUCAACACAUUCGAGGGUCAGGAACUGACCAUACAAAAACAACCUAACACUAGCCUGAAAGAAACAAAUAUUAAUUCUCCUUUAAAUCACACGCCCUUAUCGGACACACCCAAAUGUAAAACUCCAAAUGGUGCAGCCAAUAGUCCUCUUCCGCAAGUUCCCGAGACAUCUCCCAGGUUUCCAAGCAUAGCAACGUCUACAAGUACAACUUGUACCACUCCGGUUAGCACUCAAUCUCAAUCUAGUGUUGUCACAUCUAAAGAUGCAGCAGGGCCAAGCCCUUGCAGGCCAGAAAAUUUGCCUCUCAAUCCCAACGGUUUAAAUUGCCCUCCAAAUAAUAAAUCUAUGCAUUUCGAUCCCAUAACAUCGUUGGCUCAAAUGAGUCAACAGCUCACCAAUCAGACGACACCUCCUUGCCCCGGCCCAGGACCGAUGAUGUCAUACAACUCGUCUUCCAUGCACAUGGUUGGAAAUUUAAAUCAUAUGGAGCAACACGUGGGUCCGGUCGGAGCGGGAGGACCCAUGGGACCCAUGGGUCACGAUAAUCCACCGAUGGAAAACAUGCAAUUUCCUCCUAACAAUCCUAUAAUUUCGUGUGCAGGGCCUAUGAUAGAUAUGCCACCGGGAUUUUUAAAUACUUCGUCGCCGAAACAAAAUAUGAAUAAUCCUCCUCCGAGAUGUGUGGCUCCAUUUUUUGGUGGUCCCGGUUUUCAAAAAAUGAUGGGGCCCAACAACUAUAACGGAAUGAACGUUCAAGUGAAAGCGAGCACUCCCAACACCAUACAAUACUUGCCUGCUAGGCCUAAUACAAAUAAUUCAAAAGUAUCAUUUAUUCCUAACUGUCAUUCAAACUCAAUGGACGGAGUUAAUACUGGUGGUAAUCCGGGAAUGAACUGUGGCGGUCCCAUCGGUAAUUCGAGUGGUAAUUUAAUGUCGAACUCGGUCUCGAACAUGUUAUUAGGAGGCAAUAUGGUAUUAAAUCCUGGACCCGUCGGACCAUUGAGAGGUCAACUCCGUGCGGGACCCGGCGGAAUGAUGAAAGUACCUCAAAUGGGGGGUGGAAACGGAGGAGGAGGAGGAGGAGGACCCGUUUUUCCUCCCGGACCGGGUGGCUGCGAUCCCAUGGUUUUGGGAUCAACCGGUGGUAAUCCGAACAUGUUCAUUCAAGGAUCAAAAUCAUCACCGUUAGGAAUGCCGCCGGAAGCGAGUCAGCCUUUGCCACCUUCAAUGAGCCAAGGUACCAAUUUUAAGAAUUCUCCUUUCGUGGGUCCUACCGUUGCGGAUCCGAAUUAUGCUCAACAGUUUCACAAUUUCCAACAGCAGUUGUACGCCACGAACACGAGAAGCCAUCAAAUGAACUCUCACAUGAACCAAUCAUACUUUUUACCCAAGUAA